AUGGCCAUGAAUCCCAACGCUGCCAUGGCAAACAUGAACCCGAUGGGCGGACCGGUCGGAGGUGCGCCUAUGCCCAUGAUGAACAAUGGCGCUGUCAAUCCCCAGGCCGCUGCUGCUGCCGCGAGACAGCAACAGCUGAAUGAUAACCAACGGAGUGUCCUGAACACCUACAUUUACGAGUACUUCCUGCGGUACGGGAUGUUCGACUGCGCGCGGGCCCUUCUUUCUAGCCGUCAACAAGUGAAUGUCAAGGAUGGCAAAAAUGGCAACGCGGCCAACGGCACCGGCGACGACGCCAUGGAUACUGAUUCUAAAGAUGACAUCGAUUCCAAAACCCCCGAGGACCUGCCGGCUCCCAAACUUCCCAUGCCCGCAUCUGACACGUCCUUCCUGUACGAGUGGUUUUGUCUGUUCUGGGAUAUAUACAACGCGCAGCGUGUCAAAGGCAAUAGUAACGGGAAUAUCAACCAAUAUGUUAUGCACACUCAGGAAAUGCUUCGGAUGCGACCGGACAUGCAACAGGCCUACCAACAAGCCCAGAUGGCCCGCGGCAUGCAAGGCGGCAUGGCCGGCAUGAAACCGGGUAACCUGGCACGCACUGCUAUGGCUAAUAACCAGAAUCCGCAAAUGAUGCUUGCCAAGCAGAACCCCAUGCAGCGAGAUCCAUCUCAAAUGAACUUGAAUCAGGAUCGACCGUCGUCUCCUAGUGCAGGCGGCGAGAACGCACCCUCGCCUUCCGCUAAGCGUCAGCGCACGGAUGGUGGUAUGUGGUUCCAGCACGCUGGUCUCGAUUUCACUGCUUACAGUUCCCCAGGCCCGGGAAUGAACCCCCAACCAAUGAUGUCCGGAGCUCAAACAGCACACCAGCUACUCACGGCCCAUGGUAUUAACCCCAACUCUCUUAACCCGCAGCAGCUAGCCGCGCUCGCCAAUACACCUCCCCAUGCGCAACAAAAAUCAAUUGCAACCUACAUGGCAAACAUGCAGUCGCAUCAUGGAAAGCAGCUCGGAACCCAACCCGGCAUGUCCAACGUUCCCAACCCUUCCAAUCAAGGUUCCCCGAUGGUGCAGCAUGCACCAGAUGGAACGGCGUUGAAUAAUUUCUACAAUGCCCCCGAGAUUGGCGGUAACAUGCGUCCUGGCCCCCCUGGUGCUGCGGCUGGUCAAGGCACUGGUAGCAACCAUGCUCUUCAGGACUACCAGAUGCAACUGAUGCUCCUUGAGCAGCAGAACAAAAAGAGACUCAUGAUGGCUCGCCAAGAACAGGAUAACAUGGGUGACCAGAUGCCGCGGAACGGUCCUCCUGUUCCGCCCAACGGCCAGUUCCCCGAUACCUCGCCACAAGCGAUGCGAAGUGGUGCCUCACCAAACCCCGGGGACCAGAUGAAGCGAGGUACUCCCCAGAUGAAUAACUCCGGAAUACCGUCUCCUGUCCCGGAAGGUGGCCAGUCGAGAGACUCACCCAACCCGAUGAACUUUAUGAACAAUCAAGUCGACCCCAGCAUGGCACCGCACUUCUUCAAGGGCCUAGACCCCAACAUGGCGGGUGCUCAAGCUCAGAUGAAUGGCAUGCGUCCGCCUAGCUCGCACCCUGGCCAACCUUUCACUCAGCAGCAGAUGAUGGCAGCUAGGGCACAGAAUCAAGGCAACCCACAGCAAUGGCAGCCUGGGCCUAACGGACAACUGGUUGGCCAGGGCAUGCCUCAAAACCCUCAGGCGCAAGGUCCCCCUCAACAACGCGCUAUGCCACCACCAUCCGCUCCUGCCGGGGCCGGUCCCAACGCCAACAAUAGGACAACGGCUUCUCCCCAGCAGUCGUCAGCCGCGCCGCCGACGCCCAACCAAGGCACCAAGGCAGCUCCCAAGAAAAAGGAGACUAAGGCUGCUAAAGACAAGCGGGCUGCUGCUCAGAAGAACAAGGCCGCUGCUGCCAAUGCUGCAGGUGCUACACCUGCGGCAGAUGGCGAUGGCGACGCCGCUCCUGCUACACCGAUGACACCCUCUUUUAACAAGGCGGCGUCUAACGCGCAGGGCAAUGCUGCUCCAGCUACAACAGCACCGGCUGCCAGCGCGCCGCCCGUGGCUGCUCCCGCACAGCCGCAAGGUGACCUCGGGCAGAAUGGCAUGGGUGCAGAUAACUAUGGCAUGGUAAGGACAAUGCGCAUGAACAUGCUCAAAAUGGCCACUAACGUAUUCCAGGUUGACUUCCCUGGCAUGGAGUUCGCAAACCCUCUCAACACCGGCGAUGUCCUCAACGACUUUGACUUUGAUUCAUUCUUACAUGACAACGAUGGCAAUGCUGAAGCGUUUGAUUUCAACGGCACAUUCUCUGGAAUGGAAGGUAAUGAGAUUGGUGCAGAAUGA